AUGUUAGCACGUAAAACUUUAACAGAACAUCGUUUAAUGCAGUGGUGUGCAGUUAUCUUGGCUCUUAGCACAUUAAUUUUAAUCUGGCGUUAUAUAACAAUAUUAAUUCUCUCGAUUUGGUUAUCAAGUAUUUGUCGACCGAUUCUUGAAUGGCUCGUUAUUCAUUUACCUUUAAUGAAUCGAUGUCGAGAAAAACGUUCACGGUCAGCAAUAGCUGCAUUUCUUCUUGUUUUUCUUGUUCUUGUUGUUAUCUUACCCAUCGUUUUAAUAAUAAUCGCAUUAACAGGUUCGACAAUAAAUUUUGUUGCAAGUUUAUCUAAUUCUACAACAGUACGAAAUGCAAUUAAUAUAAUUGUUCCACCUACAAAUGAUAAUUCAACGGAUUUUGGAUUAAAUAAAACAAAUGAUUUGAAUUUUGUCGAUUUUAUUCGUGGUGGUAAAAAUACUACGUUGCAUUUACUUGAACGUCUGCUGAUGCAACGAGAUACUAUAACUGAUGUUCUUCAGUUAUUUGGUGGAAAAGCAUUAUCAGUCCUAUCAACAGUUGCUGGUGUAACAGCGCAAUUUGUCAUUGGUCUUCUCAUAUUUUUGGUUUCAACUUAUACAUUUUUAUUACAUGGAAAUGAAAUUUGGACAUGGACAAUACAUCAUAGUCCAUUAUCAUCGAAACAUAUGAAUCGUUUUUAUAAUGCUUUUCAUGAAACAGGUCGUGGUUUAUUGAUCGGUGUUUGUUUAACAUGUGCUUUGCAAGGACUUGUUGCUGCUAUUGCAUAUUUAUGUUUACAAAUUCCACGAUGGUAUGCACUUGGUGUAUUAACUGGUCUUUGCUCAUUGAUUCCAAUUCUUGGUACAGCUAUUGUUUGGAUUCCAAUUACAGUUGGUUUUUUUAUUCAACAAGCCUAUGUAAAAGCAGUUAUUAUGAUUACAAUUGGCAUUUUGGCUAUUGGAUCGAUUGAUAAUUUACUUCGGCCAGUUUUUUCUAAGUUGGGCUCAUUAAAAAUGUCAACAUUAUUAUUAUUGUUAACAAUUUUUGGUGGAUUAGAAUUAUUAGGACCCUGGGGAGCACUUUUAGGUCCAUUAGUUGUUCGAUUAGCAACGGAAGCAAUUAUUUUGGUUCGCGAAGAUGAAUAUGAACUAUUAAAUACUUUGAGAAUAUGA